CUUUCCCUCUCACAGUCUCUCUAUUUCUCUCUCUCUCUCUCUCCUGUCUGUCACCCGAGCUUCCUCUCACAGGCUGUGUGUAUUUACCCUCUCUCUCUCCACCUGGCAACGGGGCUGCAUGCUCAGGAUUACCGGAGGCCUUGCUUUUCAUCAGCGCCCACUCUUUCUUCCUCCUGGACUACGGUAGCCACGGGUGCGAGGGCCUGUGGAAGAGUCUUGUGCUUUUGCAUUUUUUGGUGUCCUUGGUUUCACGAGAGUUCCCACUCUCCAAUUCUUUCUGAGAGAUCUGGAGUUGCGUGGAUCUGUAGACACUGAGAAAUGGAUCACUCUCUGUUCGGAUGUCUGCGGAGCCCACAUGCCCCAGCUCAAGCCCUACACCCGGCGUUCACCCAGUCUUCCCUGGCUUUACAUGGCCGCUCAGACCACGUCUCCUAUCCUGACCUCCCUGGACCCUCGCCGCCCUGCAGUUACCCAGGGGAUGAAGGCAGCUUCGGAGGAGCUCAUCACAGAAUUCACCCCACUCCACAGCAUCCACACCACUCACAACAUCAACCCUCCUGGCACGUCCAGCAGAUGCCCUUGAUCGGUGGCGACCGCCAUGGCCUUUGCCUGCCGCACCCUGAGGCCACUGUAGCAGAACUGUGCAGCUCAGGAGGAGCUGGUCCUCAGGGCCUGUGCACUGGUAACACAGCACAAGCUGGGAGUGACCCCUCUGGGGUGUCAUGUGUACCAGGAGAAUUUGGGAGAAUGACAAUGUCACCUGUUGAGCCAGAGCGACGGAAUAGCAAAGGAAAGAGCGACAGUUCAGAAUCCCAGGAUGGGAGCUAUAAGUCAGACGUGAGCAGUAAACCAAGGAAGGAGCGCACGGCAUUCACCAAGGAACAGAUUCGGGAACUGGAAUCAGAGUUCGCUCACCACAACUAUCUGACACGUCUUAGACGUUACGAAAUCGCUGUCAACCUUGACCUCACAGAGAGACAAGUAAAAGUGUGGUUCCAGAAUAGAAGGAUGAAGUGGAAACGAGUGAAGGGAGGACAGCAGGGGGCCGCUGCACGGGAAAAAGAACUGGUGAACGUAAAGAAAGGAACUCUCUUGCCCUCUGAGUUCUCCCCAAUGGUGGGACUACACCAUCCAGUUGGUUCUCCCAGCAAUGAGGAUGACAGUCAUGACAGUGACCAGAGCUCGGAGCAUGCACAUUUAUGAUGAUCGGAAUCCAGCGGAAUCCAUCGAACCUGCCAAUUUCAUCAGGAAGCAACUUUGUUGGUCCUCUAAAGGCCAUUAACAACAUAUCCUGGGCUCUGUUUUGUUAUUUCAUUCUGAGUGGUUUUGGAUUUGUUCUUGGUCUGUGUAACAGAUGCUCAGAGGGUUACAAACCAAAGCUCAGACCCAAUGGUACCUAAUUUUGAGGAUUAGUUUAAAUGUAAGCCAAAGGGGUUUAAAGGUGGCCACACUUUACAAUAUGUAAAAAACAGGUGGGCGAAAAGUAUACAUUUUCACUCACGUGCAACUUUAAUUUUGAGACUUGUAAAUAAAUGUAUGAUCGAAUGUUGUAAACAUUCCACAUGAGUGCCUUGGAGGGAAUUUUUGCACUGUUUUAAUUCUUGCCCUUACGGAUCGCUACUGUAUUUACACAGAUUUUGAUAACAACAUUGCUGAACCUGUCUACAUAAGGUGUGGCAGCACAGAAUAUAUUUUAUUCUCAUCCUUUUAUAAAGAAACAAAGGACCCCAUUAAUUACAAAUUGCAUCCCAAUUGUUGUUUAAAGGAAUAUUCUGGGUUCAAUACAAGUUAAGCUCAGUCGACAGCAUUUGUGGCAUAAUUCUGAUUACCACAAAAUAAUAUUUCGACUCAUCCCUUCACUUUAAUAAAAUAAAAUAUCUCGGUUACAGUGAGGCUCUUACAAUGGAACUGAAUGGGGCCACUCCGAAAACAUUAAAAUAUUCACUAUUUCAAAAGUAUAGCCACAAGACGUAAACAAAAUGUGUGUUAACAUGAUUUUAGAGUGAUAAAAUCACUGAACCUUUUCUAUGUAAAGUCAUAUUUAGUUUUACAACUACGUUGCCAUGACGAUGGAACACUAUACACCAUGUUAUCCUGGUCAUUUAGAAGUCCACAGCAAAAAUGACGAACUUUACAGCUCAAAUAACACUCAAGUUUUAACAGAAGAAUAUAUUGUUUAAGUAUUAAGUGCUUUUAUAUAACUAUAAGCUUCACAUUUCUGAUUUUAAACCCUCUGAAAAUUCCCUUCCAUUGCAUGUGCCUCACUGUAACCUCAAAUUGUUUUUUUUAAGUCAAAAUAAUUUUUUUCUGGGUAAUCAACAUUAUGCCACAAAUGCUGCUGACUGAGCUUAACCCAGAAUAUCUCUUUAAUAUAUUGGAUUGAAACACUCAGACUGAUUUGAGUAGUUUGUAUAUGUUUUAUUCAGCAUGUUGUGUACUUGAUCUGCACAUACUUUUGGGUUGUCAGUGAAAUGAGCUGAAAUUGAUAUAUGCAAUCUUUUGAAAAACAUUUUAAUUUAAAAGAAUGACAGAAUAUUGCAGGGGGAAAAUAUUACUGAUAUAAUUUCAUUUGCCUUGUUUUGGGCUUGUGUAUCUAUGGACUGCAAAAAAUAGUUCCAUCAUCACUAAAAGAGUUUAUAGUAAUAAAAUCUGCCUAUACAUCUGUUUAUAUGUAAUUACUCAGGUAUUAUAUUGUAAUACCAUAGUAAUUACAAAAUGAUUGCAUAUUUACGAACAUAACACUUCAGUGAUAUUUUCUGAUCAUUUCAGCCCUUGUAAAUUAAUAAAUGUUAACUUUUAAAUAAAUCGCUUAAU